AUGGCCGCCGCCGCCAUGGCCGCGGCCGCCUCCUCGCGGGCCUUCCUGCGCCCGCACCGUUGCCUCCUCCUCUCCCGCACCCAUCCGCUUCGCCGCCGCCUCUCCACCAAUGCCAGUGUCUCCGCUCCCGCCUCCACCGCCGCGUCGGCCGGCGUCGUGGACGUGCUCAUGAAGCGAGGGCUCGUCGAGGCCACCACCUCGGAGGCGCUCGCCGCGGCGCGGCCCGGAGAGCUCAAGGUUUACUGCGGCUUCGACCCUACCGCCGAGAGCCUGCAUCUCGGCAACCUCCUCGGCCUGGUCGCGCUGUCCUGGUUCCGCCGAUGCGGCCACACCGCCGUCGCGCUCAUCGGUGGCGCCACGGGCCGCGUCGGCGACCCCUCGGGGAAGAGUUCCGAGCGCCCCGAGCUCGACAUCGCUGCCGUCGAAGCCAACUCCGACGCCAUUAAGUCCCUCGUGGCCCAGAUCCUCGGCCGCGUUCCCGAGCCUGCCCACCAUUCCCACAGCGGUCAAAAAGAGCAGCCUUCGCCCAAUUCAGUGGAUUCGUCACAGAGAAUGGGUUCUUUCGUGAUCCUGGACAACUACGACUGGUGGAAGGACAUCACGCUGCUGGAUUUCCUGAGAGAGGUGGGCCGUUUUGCACGCGUGGGUACAAUGAUCGCCAAGGAGAGCGUCAAGAAGCGUCUCGCGUCAGAAGACGGCAUGAGCUACACCGAGUUCACCUACCAGCUGCUGCAGGGCUACGACUUCCUUUAUAUGUUCAAGAAUAUGGGUGUCAAUGUUGAGGGGGCGCAUGGACUCACAUUCCCGCUCCUGCUGAAGAGCGAUGGGACCAAGUUUGGGAAGACAGAGGAUGGGGCAAUCUGGCUCUCUUCGAAGAUGCUUUCUCCUUACAAGUUCUAUCAGUACUUCUUUGCGGUGCCAGACAUCGAUGUCAUCAGGUUUAUGAAGAUCCUGACGUUCCUGAGCUUGGAUGAGAUUCAGGAGCUAGAAGACUCGAUGAAGAAGCCUGGCUAUGUGCCAAACACUGUUCAGAAGAGGCUUGCAGAAGAGGUGACACGAUUUGUUCAUGGCGAGGAAGGAUUGGAGGAGGCAUUGAAGGCAACUGAGGCCUUGAGACCUGGCGCUCAGACACAAUUGGAUGCACAAACAAUUGAGGGGAUAGCAGAUGAUGUGCCUUCAUGCUCUUUAGCUUAUGAUCAAGUGUUCAAGUCUCCACUUGUUGAUUUGGCUGUUUCCACAGGUUUGCUCACUAGUAAGUCAGCGGUUAAGAGGCUUAUUAAGCAAGGUGGUCUGUACUUGAAUAACGUUAGGAUUGAUAGUGAGGAUAAGCUGGUUGACGAAGGUGAUAUAGUUGAUGGGAAGGUGCUCUUGUUGUCUGCUGGAAAGAAGAACAAGAUGGUUGUGAGGAUAUCUUGA